AUGCCUCGUGUGUGUAAGCCUACUCCUGUUCUUCCAGACCGUUUCUCGAAUCAACUUCCUCAGCUUCAUCUCACCACGCUCACAUCACCCAUCGACACUCAAGUGAGCGUGUCGGCAGUAUCGGACACGCCUAGUAAUUCGCUUGCCUCCUUGCUCACAGCCGAGUCUACCAAAACCAGUGUCACGUCGCCGCAAAUGAGCCCACCACUUCCAGUAACACACCUGCCCCAGGAUCCGCAUGAUUCACCUAAGCCUUCUCCGUCUGUCUCGGUGCAUGUGCCCGGUUCUGUGGCGACCGGUCUCAAACACGAGCGCCCAAGCUUCCUUGACGAGUCCGCCCUGUCGCCCCAUGAGUUUGAUGUAUAUACGCGCUGGGCCAGCCGCAUCAAGCCGGCGCAUUCGCGUCGCCACGGCUUACUGGAUGAACAUGCGGCCGUCAAGUUUUUGCGCAGUGAGCUUGGCGUCUCGGUCGAUGACGAAAUCAAUAUUCUCUCGUUGUUUGAACGUCUGCCUCUUGGCAUACGUCAUGGUCACUUUUAUGCGAUGCUCCGCCUUGCUGCUUGGGCACAGCGUGGCCACACCGCGUCCCGCGAGCUUAUGUUUGUCCAGACGGAGCCAGCACAAAGUCGGCGGCGUCGUGGUCACGUUGGAUCGCGAGUCUCAAGCACCGCUUCUGUCGUCGACCGAGACAUGACUCCUGUGCGCACUGGCUCGCUUCAGCGGUCGCAGUCGCUGUCGCUGUCACACUUGCAGCCAACGUUGCCACCACACGCACAGCCCAUGCCGACACCGCUCGAGGUGCCAAAGGCACCACCGCGCCCAGUACCCGAUGAUCAUGCGGUCAACCGGCGCGAUACGUCCAGCUCAACGUACAACGAGCCAGAGCUUGGCUACCACAAAGUUGUCUUUAGUCCGUCUGAGCCACGCCUUGUGCGUCCAAUGCCUGUCGUUGCACGCCCGCCCGGUGCUCAAGGCACACCUCACAUUGUCUCUCUUGACGAGGCCGAAGCGCAGCAAUCGGCGCAAACGCGUGCCCAUGACAGUAAGCAGGCAACAGGGGCGUCAGUGUCAGACGUGCAGUUGCCGCCCGCACCGACGCUGCUGCGGCCCUCAGCACCCAUGCCCAUGGCACAACAAGUGAGUCCGCUGAUUCAGGCAAGUCUCAAUGCACGCAGCGAGUUCAAGAAGGCCUCGCGGCAGUCACGGCCAAAAACGUUCACGGUGCUUUCGAGCUCUAGUGGUCAGUUCCAGCCUGACAAGCCGCAUCUGUUGAAUGGCGAGGUGGUAUCGCCGCACCUGCUGUCUCCAGAUACGAAGCGCCGAACGACGUCAGCAACGAAACUAUCAUCGCAAAUUGCGUCGCAAGAUCUGACGUCGCCAUAUACACCACAUGUAUCAGCGGCAGCGGCCCGUCCCAUCAACGAGAGUCUACAGGGUCAGACCAUCGCGCCCAAGCCAUCGUACUUUGGUCGCGAGCGGGGUGUUUUGCCUGCAUGGCUGCGCGAGCAGUAUGAAGAAGGCAAUGUGCUGUAUCCGCCGCCUGAUCCGGCCGACUCGUCUGUCACGAGUGUAUUUGACGCCCUGGAUAACAAGGCGCAUCAUACCAUGAAUGGCAGCGAACGGGCCGCGGCCAGCAUCAACCGUAACACGCCCUUCUUUCCUCCGCAUGAGCGCGAUCGCGAGCGUGCUGAGCGAACGACACUGAACGGCACGGGCCCUGCACAAUACCGGAAGCUGAAUGAAGAAACUUCGGUCGGCAAGCGCUCGUCGAAUGAGUCGCUCGGUCAGGAGCGCGUACCCAAACUGUCAGGCAGCCGUUCCAAAGGCACACUUGCAGCGAAAGGUCGCCGCCUCGAACACAGCCAGAGCCAGUACUGGGGCACACAGCUCGAGUCUGGCACGUACGCCGGCUUCAAGUCCAUGCCGUCGACGCGCGAUUUGCGUCUGCAGCUGCCGCCACGCAUCUCGACGAAACGCUCCUUCCAGAUCCGUCCAACGCAGGAGUUCCAGCCCUUGCUUGCGCCGCCACCACCACCACCGUCAAACGAGCUGCAGACCCAUGCUUCGAUACCAUCGCAGGUUCCGCCGGCACCAUCGUCGGCACAGCCUGAUCCGUUCGACAAUAUGCGUACGCCCGAGGAGGUGGAGAAGCAGCUGGCUUCGCAAGACAAUACUCGCACCGAUUCUGCUGCGCGGCCUUUCCACGCCGACGUGCCGCGUCUCUCACGCACCCAGUCAUGGAAUACUCGACAGCCUGAAGUGCACCGCUUCAUGCUGCAAGAGGACGCGACACGAUCACAGCUUACUCAGAAGCAUGAGCGCAAGCUUAGUGGCUCGUUUGCCUUCGGCACGCCACUGCGCCUGCUACGCCCCGACAAGAGCUCUACCGAGAUCUUGGCUUCUUCAGGACAGACGAUGCUUCGAUGCGCAAAGGCAAGAAACGCGUUGCGAGCACACCGAAAUUGA